AUGCGCUUUACUAAAAAGCCUUUCUAUUCUGCAGCUCUCCUAAUUUUAUCAUGUACCUUUAUCAUUUACCUAGGCAGACCUACAACGCUUUUCAACCUGUUUCAUGGAGAAUUUGAUCCUAAACUGUCGGUGGACCGAGAGCUUGCCGUCUACAAAAGAAUUACUGAGGCCCUUAGGACAGUUGAUAGGUCAUGUGAAGAACAAGGGUUUUAUUGCAAACGGCCUGAAACCCAACACGUGGAUUGCGGGCGAGUACUUGUAGGAGAUAAGGUGUACCUCCAAUCCCUCACCGGGUCCAAUCGAAUCCCUCUAAUCGAAAACUCAUUUCUCAACCUUACCUGCUCUGCAAUCAAAAGCCGAAUAAUACCCAAAACUGCUCAAUUCAAGCCUCUAAAGCUUAAUGGCACGGCUUUUGCUAGAAUUGUGUUUGCUGACUAUGAAUUUAUCGAGAAGCAGGUCCAGGCUUCAUAUCACCCGCAAAACGUUUUCUGUUUUGCAAUAGAUGCAAAUUCUUCCGCAGAGUUUCAGAGAAAAAUGAAGAAGCUUGAGCAGUGCCUGCCAAAUGUUGUGGUGCUUCCAGUAACGGAAUCCUAUGAUAGUAAAGGUCAUAACAUUAACUUGGCACAUUACAACUGCAUGAAGAAACUUGAAUCUUUACGUGGCUGGGGAUACCUGAUGCUUCUGCAGAACCAUGAUGUUAUCACUAAAUCAGUGUACGAGCUGGAUCGGAUUUUCGAGCUGCUCGGCGGAGUCAAUGAUGUGUUCAUGUCUAGGGAGAUUCCAGAACGGAGGAAGAAGCACUUGAAGUGGGAUCUGAAAUCCUUGAAGUUGUUUAGAAAUGACUCGAAAAAUUCGGAUUAUGAACUCGAAAUUUCAAGUGGUUCAGUACAUUCUUCGCUGUCAAGAGCUGCGGUAAAAUGGUUGGUGGAAGAAGUUGAUCUGUCAAUUUUCAUAGAUCAGUGGAACCAGACAGACUAUGGAGCUGACGAGCAAUUUAUCUCAACUUUUCAAAUGAGCCCUGAUCUCAAAAUGCCCGGUCAUUUUACAAAUGAAUGCAUCCAUAAUGACACAGCUAUUGUUACUAUUUCCAGACUGGCCCGUUGGGUACCGAUAUAUCUCGAUAGAGCUGCACAUUGUGCAACCGGGACUGUGAGACAUGACAUUUGCAUUUUCGGCAUCGAAGACUUCCGAGCAAUUUCGAAAUUUCCAAUUUUAAACGUGAACAAGAUGCUUCCAGCAUUCGAUUAUUCAAUUAUAGAAUGUACUGCCGAGCUUCUGCACAACAGGACCUACUUAGGACAGGUAGAUCAAAAGAUUGAAAAGAAUCUCUAUGAAAAUCUAGUUUCAGUUCAAUAUCACAAAAACCAUAGAAAUCCAGACUACAAAUUGAAUUGUACUUCGGAUUUCCCGCCUUGGAACUACUCAAAUUACCUUUGA